CUACAGCUAAAAAAAAGAGCGGCUUUUAAACUCCACGCCUCAGCAUCACCCGGGCAUCCCUCCCCCUCUCCCCCCUCCUCCUACAGAGAGCCGCUCUGCUGACCGCCGCUCCCCGUGACGCCUCGACCGGAGUCACAGCAUACGGACACCGGCCACAUGCGCCCUCACACCGUGUCCCUGCUCUUUGUGAAACUGCAGCAGAUGACUUGUUUUCCGCAUGGUGUUGAGCACAGCUAAUGGGAACCUCGGCGCCUUUGCCAUCUCGGUGUGUGUACCGUAGGCUAUAUCCUCUCCUUCUGAAUAGCCGUUAGAAACAGGAGGGUGCAGGAGCGCUCGCUCGGACCGGGAGGAGAACACCAUGAAGUUGGCGGUCCUCCUCCUUCUCUUCUUUCCGCUGUCCCUCGCCGACAUCCCCGCUCCGAGUGAGUUUGUGUCCUUGGCGGAGAUGGAGGACACCCUACUGAAGAACCUUUUCCAAGGCUACCAGCGCUGGGUUAGGCCCAUCCAGCACGUCAACGACACUAUUAGGGUACGCUUCGGACUCAAGAUCUCCCAGCUGGUUGAUGUGGAUGAGAAGAACCAGCUAAUGACAACUAACGUUUGGCUUUGUCAGGAGUGGAUCGAUUACAAGCUGCGAUGGAACCCAGACAAAUACGGAGGAAUCACUUCCAUCAGAGUCCCCUCUGAAAAUAUUUGGCUCCCAGACAUUGUCCUCUAUGAGAAUGCUGAUGGGAGGUUUGAGGGCUCCCUGAUGACAAAAGCCAUUGUCAAGUUCAAUGGUGCCAUCACCUGGACGCCACCUGCAAGUUACAAAUCCGCAUGCACUAUGGACGUCACCUUCUUCCCAUUUGACCGCCAGAACUGCACCAUGAAGUUCGGCUCCUGGACAUAUGAUGGUAACAUGGUGGACCUGGUCCUGAUAGACAACCAGGUAGACCGGAAGGACUUCUUCGAUAAUGGGGAGUGGGAGAUCCUUAGUGCCACUGGUGUCAGAGGGAACAGGAAGGACGAUAUGUAUUCGUACCCCUUUCUCACGUAUUCUUUCAUUCUGAAGAGGUUGCCGUUGUUCUACACCCUAUUCCUCAUCAUCCCUUGUUUGGGUUUGUCCUUUCUGACUGUCCUGGUGUUUUACCUUCCCUCGGAUGAAGGAGAGAAGCUGUCACUUUCCACCUCUGUCCUUGUGUCACUCACUGUGUUCCUCCUGGUCAUAGAAGAAAUCAUCCCCUCUUCCUCCAAGGUGAUCCCGCUCAUUGGAGAAUACCUGCUGUUCAUCAUGAUCUUUGUAACACUGUCAAUCAUCGUCACUGUCUUUGUCAUCAACGUACACCACCGCUCCUCAGCCAGCUACCACCCCAUGUCGCCGUGGGUCCGUAAUCUCUUCCUUCAGAAACUCCCGAGGUUGCUCUGCAUGCGUGGACACACCGACCGCUACCACUAUCCAGAGCUGGCUCCUGAAAGCCCUGAGCUCAAGCCUCGCUCUGGAGGUCGGAAAGGAGGCCAGAGGGCAAACAGCGGAACUCAAGGACAGACAACUUCUGAUGGGAAGGAGGAUGAGGCCUGGGCGACCAUGUUGGACAAGGCUAUCUACUCAGUGCGUUACAUCAGCAGACACAUCCGCAAGGAACACUUCAUCCACGAGGUGGUACAAGACUGGAAGUUUGUGGCCCAGGUGUUAGACAGGAUCUUCCUGUGGGCUUUCCUCACCGUCUCAGUACUGGGCACUGUCCUCAUCUUCACUCCAGCUCUUUACAUGUUUUUUAAAAUCCCUCCUCCAACUGCAAGCGAGGAUCCACCUUCAAACUAGUACUGUAGCAAUAGCACACCUCUUUCACUGAUGAUCCACCUUCGAGAAUCUAUGAGCAAGAGGAAGCCCCUGCUGGUGUUUUGUAAAGGAGAACUUUGACUCUUUGAUGUUAGGUUUCUUCUCUAGAUCCACUGUGUAAAAUGUUCUCAUUAAGUCAUAAUGUAUACCUUUUAUGCACAUAGUAUAUUUCAAAUUAUUAUGGUGACAUAAUGUUUUGUCUAUAGAUAAAUAAGACAAUUUUAGUGAAAAUAUUGCUUUUCAGCCAAAGUCAUAAAAUUUCCAAUUCUACAAAUGGUAAGUUUAAGUAGCAUGCAGUUAUGACAACACUAGAUUACACAUAAAAUAAGAUAGAUAAUCCUUAUUAGUUCCACAGUGGGGAAAUAGUGUUCAUCUUUGAAAAGGUAUUUAAGAUAAAAUUAAAUGAAAUAUGAAUAAAGGAGUAAAAGGAGAACUUCAUUCAGGAUAAUAAACUAUUUUUAUGAUUACUUAGCUGUACAUAGCUGUACAAAGA